AUGCUUUCGAAAAUGCUUUUCACUUACCUCCAGCUCGCAACGAUCCUCUCAAUCGCUGCAGCUAUCCCCAUCGCCCAGGACGCCCCAACUACAACGAUACCAGACUUCCCGGCCUCAUCAUCGGUUACAAAGGUAUCCAAACUCGUGCUUGCGCCAAAAGUACCUCUAAAUUCCAAAUAUGGAACUCCAGUCGGUCCAUACUCUUGUCCCACGAAACAGUACAAGCGAUGCUGUACGUCUCUGGCGCAAACAUCGAAGGAUAUCCUGAAGCCUGUGGGCGACCUUCUUCCGUGGACGAAUGGAAUACAGAUCAACUCUGGUGUCGCAUUUGAAUGCAAAGAUAUGAAGCCAAAUGAGGAUCCAAAUUCUUGCCAGGGUCAUGGAUAUAACCCUAUGUGCUGUACAAACCAGAAAUCAUCAACUUUGAACAACGCUUUGAACGCCUGCAAGCCCUUUGAGAGGGCCAAGGAGGAAUACUACCGGACUUUCGGGUACGGUGCUAAUGAUGAAUCUCAAGCGAACUACAUUAUGGAUGCAGUCACUCAAUGA